AUGGUUACUCAAGUAACGAUUCAAUCACGGACUGAUGAUCAAGCUCAGCAUUUCAACACAACAUUCACGGAAAAUGCCCGUGUUACGGAAACUCCUGUAACAACUGAGCUUUGGGCUGAUGAAAAAGUCCAGUAUUUCAGCAGUACAUUUUCGGAAAAUAUCAAUGUCUCUGCGGUAACACCAGUAACAACUAAGCCUCGGACAGAUGAAAUGAUGUCUUCUGGCAGCACUAUCCAAGAAAAUGACACCGUUACUAUGACAAUUCCAGAAACAACCGUAACUGUAUUAAAAGAAGGAGAUACGCCUUUGAACAGUGCAGGUUCAUACGACAAGAAAAAUAACGAAAGGAUGAGGUCAUCGACAACACCUGUUAAACCGAGAAAAGAGGACAGUUUGUUCCUUCAAGGCCGACAGUUUCGCCUUCCUGAAUGUGUUCCACAGCAAGUAUGCAACACUAUGAUUUUGGCUUUAAACCAUGUUCAACAGCUGUGUAGCUGUCCCUUAUUCUUCCUGGAUCCCUGUUCUGAAUCCAGUGAUUCCCAGGAUGGACAUACUGUUAACCUUAUGAGUGACGACAAAGGAAAGGUGAAAACUCAGUUGAAGAUGUGCGAGCCUGCAACAACAAUUAAGAUCUGCCAGGAGGAGCAAGAAUGGACUUUGAUGGCAAUGCAGAGCCUGCGCACAGGAAAGGCUCAUUAUCUAAUGAUUUGCCAGUGCCCUCUGACCGGGAAACUUCAGGGUCCUAUUCAACAUAAAGACCCUCCCCUUGCUAGCAUACCUGGCCUAAGAAUUUAUGGUAUGAUAUGUUCCCGGCAGGGUAGAAAAGGAAGACAUCUUGAAAACACUUUACCCGAGUUUCCCUGGAGAUAUGUCCACGAAAAGCUAAAUUUGACUUUAUUAACGUGACAGAGAACAACGAACAUUUUAAAAUGCUCGUUAGUUGUUUUUACAGACGAUUUGGAAUGAUAUAUUUGUUUCACCACACUUUUAAACUUUGUAAUAAACUGAUUUAGAUUGCUUUUGAGUUGUCGAUUCUGUUUAAAAAUUAAUAAAGUAUGAAUUCAACAAAUUCCAAUAAAACGUAUAUAUUUCCUUCGAUUUGAUUAAAACCUGUUAAAAAGUAAAACUGGAAGAAAAGAAAACGUUCACGUGUGGAGGUAUUGCAUUUUCACAAGUUUCACUACUUGGAUAUAUUCUAUUCUAAUUUCUUAAAGUUACUAUUACGUAUGAAUAAGCUUAUAAUUCUUAUCAAUAGGGGGAGAUGUUUUUUUGUUUGAGAAAUAUCUAGGUUAAGGAUGGUUUAUAUGCACAUGAGAGGUCUUUGUAUUUUUUGAAUUUCAAUAAAAAAAACUUCA